AAAAGUAGAGGGGACUAUUCCCGAUACUAUCUAUUUUUCCAGUAUCGAGCACCACUCACUACGCCCAAUAGGACUACUGUAUAUGAGGCCACUGCAUUCCAAUCUAUCUAAUAGGCUGAUCACACGUGGAAAACAUCGAAGCGGCCCAAUUCUGCAUUUUCCGCCCGCCUCGACCGGCCAAACGCGCAGACAGCAAAUUCCUGUUCAAAGAAACAGCAGCGGCCCGAGGAGCAGCAGCAGCAGCAGCAGCAGCAAGCAUCCCUCCCUUCGUUCCCUUCCAAGGGAAUUCGAGAAGAUAAGCCGAGAGACAGCAAAGAAAAGAAAGAGAGGGUGUGCCCGCUGCCCGUCAUGUCCUCCGCCCAAAAAGUCCCGGCCUGGAAACGAUUGGGCCUCAAGCUCAAGCAGCCCGCAUCCGGCGCAGAGAUUGGCGGCCCUGCUCCCACCGAGGGAUCGAAGCCCAACGGACAGCAACACCACGACCGGCACGCCAGCGGCCCCGUCGCCAACGCCGCCAACGCCUCCCCGGCCGCCGCCGCCGCCGCCAAAAGGAAACGUCUCGAACAACAACAGAACACCCCUGCGUACGGCUCCUCCCCCUUCAAAAGGACCCGCACCGACAACGACUCGUCAAGCUAUGCAACCCCGACCCUGAGGAAGCAGAAGUCCGUCACCUUUGCCGAAGACGUCAAGAACCCCACCGCCGCCUCCGCCGCCGAAUCGAACAGGAAGAAGAGCAAGGGCUCCAAGCCGGCCAAGACGGCGACCCAGCAGCCCACCGCCGACAUCAAGCCCUCCCUUGAGUACCUCCGUACCUGGAAGUCGUCCCGCGACACGUGGAAGUUCAACAAGAACCACCAGACCAUUCUCAUGAAGCGCGUCUUCCACACCGACUCCAUCCCCUCGAGCGACAUCGCCACCUUCUACGAGUACAUCCAAGACCUUAAGGGCUUCACGAGGACCCGGCUGAAGGAGACGGCGGCGGAGGUCAAGAAGGAGGACGCCGAGAAGGGCAAGGCCGCCUUCCCCGACGGCACGCCGGACAUGGACUCGAAGCAGUCCGAGUAUGAGGAGGUUCUGGCCGGCCUGAUGCAGCUCGGCUCCGGCUCCGGCUCCGGCUCCAAAAGGAAGCGCUUCGACGAGGCCGCCUUCGUGACACAGUCCACCGACGUCGCCAUCACCCAGCGGGUCGUCAAGCGCAUGCGGGCCGAGACGAUACUCGCGGAGCUGUCCGAUAGUGAGGACAGCGAUGCCAUGGCCAUUGACACGGAGGAGCCGGCGGCCGCCGUCCAGGAAGAGUCCGUUGACAAGAGGGCCAAGCUCAACGACGGCACGAAGCAGAGCACCGCCCGUCGCCGCAAGAGGCGCACCAACGUCGACUCGAGCUCCGAAUCCUCCGACUCAGAGUCGGACUCGGAUUCCGACAGCGACAGCGACUCAGACGACUCGGACAACGCGAGCGAGGUCCAGCGCCAGGCUGCCCAGCGCGAGGCCGAGACGUCGAGCAGCUCAUCGUCGUCUUCGGAGGCCGAAGACAGCAGCAGUGAGGAUGACAGCGAGGACGAGGAAGAGGAGGAGACCACCAAGAAGAAGGGUUCGAAGAAGUAGU